GGUUAUGUUUUUACUACGUCGCGGAAGGAUCUAAUUUUCUCAAGCGAGGGUCGACACAUCCGCCCAGUUUUCCGAUGUUUCAUUCCCCCCGAGUUGAAAAUGGAGUUCGAUUAAAGCAGAUGUCCACCAACUUCUCAAGGAAAUUUCAAGUGUAGAUGUUUUUACUUUACGCGUCAGUAUCAGUAUUGAAAACAGUUGAACCUUUUUUUGGCUUUGGAUGCCUUUACUGCAAAUUACUCGGACACGUUGACGGAGCAACGCUGCACAGCGCUUUUUCAAGUGUUGUCCUGGACCUGAAGUUGGCGAAUGGAUGCUCGACAGCCAGCCAUAAAUAACCUGCCAAACGUUACAGUCUACAGCAAUUUCUACAUUUUUUGAGGAUCUAUUCGCGUUUUUGCAAAGCGUGGAUCUGUGUUUGUUGAAGAGGAUGAUGCCGAUGGCCCAUUUGUUGUGGUCGGAUUUUACUUCCAGGGAGGAUAAAAUGAAUCAACGGUUGUCAUUCCUCCUCGCGAUUUAACGUUAGUUCCAGCCAAAGCAAAGCUAACGUUAAGCUAGCUUCACUUGGUUUUUCACAGGGACGCUUAGUUAGGCAUGCCCCGCUGUACACCGUUUACUCACAAUCCGAAAUAGGGGUGAUUUCUAUAUGUGAAGGAAAAUGGUGAUAUUUAUGGUAUUUUAUCCCGCCGUCACUGCGUCGUCGAUGCUAUUGCUAGGAUUUGGAUCCCCGUGAGGAAAAAAAUGAGUGAAGAUUCAACAAAUCCAAACAACGAUGACAGUUAUGCGCGUGUGAGAGCAGUGGUCAUGACUCGGGAUGACUCCAGUGGUGGGUGGCUUCCCCUGGGGGGCGGAGGCCUUAGCUGUGUCACUGUCUAUAAGGUCAGCCGGGCGGAGGACAGCAGCAGCACCCACAGUGGAGGCAGCGGAGGAAGCAGCAGCAACCUCAGCCCCUGUAGCCCCAGUCCUAGUCCCAGUCCCAGCCCUAGUCCCAGCACCACCGCUGUGGAGUUCCACAUCAAGGGCGAGAGGCUCAAAGACAAACUGGUGGUCCUGGAGUGUGUCCUACAGAAAGGCCUCAUAUACAACAAGGUCAACCCCAUCUUCCACCACUGGAGAAUCAAUGACAAGAAGUUUGGACUGACCUUCCAAAGCCCAGCUGAUGCCCGUGCCUUUGACCGGGGCAUACGCCGGGCCAUUGAGGACAUCAACCAAGGUUGUCGGUCGUUUGGGGAUGGGGAUACUCCCGAGGAUGGACUAUCAGUGUGUGAUGAGCCUCCCUCCAUCUGUACCCCAAUGAAAGAGCCAUUCUCUCCCCUGAACAAUGUUGUGUCCACCGAGCCAUUCAGGGGCUGCUAUGUCCGCGCCCAGCCCUUCGACGAGUUCCCCUCCAGCAACCGCCGCUACCUGCCUCCACAGGUCCCCUUUAAGUCGACUCGUCAUGUCAGUUUUCACAUGGACGAAGAGGAGAUUGUUCGCAUCAACCCACGCAAAGACGUGCUCAUCCGCGGCUACGAGGAUUACCGCCAUCCUGUCAUGUGGAAACAGGAGGCUGACCGCGAGGACCUGGACUUCCCCACCGCCUUCCACAAACUGGACAGUAAGAAGUGCGAGUACCUUUUCCCCGAUGGCCCUGGUGGGGACUCCCACUCUGGCCCUGGUAUGGGAAUUGGAACAGGUAUGGGGCUGGGUCUGGGUAAGGACACAGCCAUCAAGACUCAGCCUUCGCCCCUGUUGAAGUCCAAGAAGGGCCGUCGGCGACGAGAGGACGGUGAGCGCUCGCGCUGCAUCUACUGUCGGGAGAUGUUCAACCACGAAGACAACUGGCGGGGGCAGUGCCAAGACGCCCCCGACCCAAUCAAGCAGUGCAUCUACAAAGUCAGCUGCAUGCUGUGUGCCGAGAGCAUGUUGUACCACUGCAUGUCCGACUCCGAGGGCGACUUCUCAGACCCCUGCUCGUGUGACACAUCUGACGAGCAGUUCUGCCUACGCUGGCUGGCCCUGGUGGCACUUUCCUUCAUCGCGCCCUGCAUGUGCUGCUACCUGCCCCUGCGUGCCUGCCACCACUGUGGCGAGGCCUGCCGCUGCUGUGGGGGCAAGCACAAGGCCGCGGGGUGACCCGAUGCCGGACUCUGGGACACCCUCAAAGCUAGCUAACACAGGAAGUGGAUAAAAGCGGAAAAUUAAAAGCCGGCAUCCUUUUUUCAUUCCCUUCUCAGACGGGGUGAUGUUGUUGAUCCCCAGCUCUGAGGGCUUUUGGAGAUUUCAGUUUGUGUUUGUCGCCGACAAGCAGCAGUGGAGGACAAACCAUAUGCUUUGUGGGGGCUCUGAGCAUCAAGCUAAGUUCAGGAGCUUAAUCCAAGGUGAAGAGGAGGAGAAAACGUCAAGAUUAAUAGACUUGGAGAUGUUACUAAACACACCAGUACACACACACUCACACAAACACACACACCUCUCUCUCACAUUCACACUCAUGCAUUGACAAAGCCAGGCCACAAAUGUCAGAACUCUACUACAAGUAAUGUGUAACUUUAUGAAGGAAAAUUGUCUUUUGUACAGAGAGUGACAACAUAAUGACAAAAAAAGAAAACAAAACUAUUCUGCGUUCAGAAAAAUACUUGCUGUUUGAGUAUGCUAAAAGGGAUAUGUUCUUGCUUUUUUGUGAAUUUGCAGUUGGGUAACAGUGGCCUUUCCUUCAUGGCUUAAGCAUUUGCUGAAAAUGUAAUUACUAGACAGAGAGAAGUGCACUAUAAAUGCCCCCCCAACCGAGUUAAGGUAACCCUCUCAAAUUCUCGUGGUACAUUAACCACCAUAUUUAGUGUAAUUUUAACAUUUGAGACAUGUUGCUGUGGUGGAUGUAUGGCCAAUUGAUUUCUUUGUUUUCCUUUCCAUCAAAUGUUGAAAAAAAUCAAAAAGGUGACAGCUUGUUUCUGAAGGUACAGCUUGGCUUUUGACAUUCAUUGAGAAGAUGUUAAAAUGAUUACCUUGGCUUCCCAAGGUGAUUUAGACCAUUUGAUUGCAUUCCAAAAUAAAGGGAUCGAUUCCAUGAUUAGAAGGGAAAAAAUGGUAUUGACUUUACCAUGCUGAGUUCCCCCAAAAAUAGUUUUUCCACAUCACAUAAAAUAGCAUUAGAACCUCUUGAACCAUUUAAAUUGAAACGGAUACAUGACAAUUUCAUUUACUCCAGUGAAUCUCACUUUUAGUCCAGCUAUUUACUGCUGUAGUGAAAUUGUUGUUUUGUUUCUUCAUUGUUAUUUUCCUGCUCAUUUUAAUUAUUUUUGAAACAAAGGCUGAAAUGUUGCUCAACCAGCAAGUUUUGUUUUGGUGAGUACAGGGGUUAUUGUACUCCUUGGUUAAAUGAUGAGGCACUUAAAUUAGGCUAUUCUUUGAUUGAGAAACCCUCGGAUUUUGGAAGUAGUCUGUACAUAAAUUUUUACUUAUUUAACAUCCAAUUUGGCAUGGGGGGAACCCCUCCUGAAAGCACUGCUCUCCAAGCUUUGGUUGCAGCACCUUCUUCAAAUUUCCAUGUUUGUCCCAUGAGUCAGUUUUUCUGUUUUGUUUUCUUUUACACCUUCCCCAUAUUUUGUGUAAAUGUAGUAUGUUGUUCUUUAGAAGUUAGUCCACUCCUUCUGUGUGUCUUCAUUUAACAGGCCCUGAAUGAAUGAAUGAAUGCAUUGUUUCAGGAAUGCUGAGUAUCUUAGCGAUGUUUUAAAAAAAAGCAAAAAAAAAACAAAAAACAAAACAAACAAAAAAAACCCCACAAAAACACACAGAUGUUAUGUAUGUGUGUGUGUGUGUGUGUGUGUGUGUGUGUGUGUGUGUGUGUGUGUGUGUGUGUGUGCGCAUAGGUCCUUAUAGGCACUGGUGAUCUGAUGUCAUGUAACGUCACCACUGACUAUGUGAUUAAGGCUUUGACUCUUAACAGUACUGACCAGCAUCCUGUUUCCCAAAACAUCCUGGUCUUUGACUGUUGGCUCAAAGGAAUCAUUUGUAAUUUUGAGAAAUUCACUUAUAUGCUUUCUUGCUGAGAGUUAGAUGAGAAAAUCAAUACCACUGUCAUACCUGUGUGUCUGCUUUAUAUGAAACUGAAGCUAGCAGCCAGUUAGCUUAGCUUAGCAUAAAACUUGAAGUAGGGAAACCAAUAGCCUAGCUCUGUCCAAAGGUAACAAAAUCUCCUGGGACUUCUAAAGCUCACAAAAUAACACUGUUAUGUCUUGUAUUGUGUUUAAUUCAUACAAAACUCAAAGUGCAUAAAUUAUAGAUAAUGAUAUACCCCUAUAAAACUGCAACUUCCCAUUUUUACACUUGGUUUAUGCAAACAAACAUGAUAUAACAUAAUAUAAUAUAAUAUAAUGAUAUGUUAAUUUGUGAGCUUCAAAGGUGUAGGUUGAUUUGUUAGCUCUGGGCAGAGCCAGGCUAGCUGUCCCCCCCCCCCCCCCAUUUCCAGUCUUUAUGCUAAGCUAAGCUAACCAGCUGCUGACUGUAGCCUCAUUUCCUAUUGUUUGAUCUUCGUACGUAAUUCUCGACAAGACAGCAGAUAGACCUAAAUCUAUUCAGGAUCCUUUGGCAAACAGGGGCGAGGCAGACUGUAAACCAGAGUCGAGCUGUGUUUGAAACUGAUUUCCCACCCAAAAGAAAAGACAAACUAUAAAUUGAACAUGUCUGGCUCACAAAACAUUCUGAAAUUAUUCCAAACAACACUUAGAUUAGAACAAAUUCCCUUACAGGAAUAACGGUUCAGUUUGGACGUCUGGCUGCAAUAACUUAAUUAUUAUCCCUAACUAAGACAUCGGCACGUUUGAAAUUAGUGCUAAUUGUGAUACACCUCAGUAUUUAACAGCAGAUUUGGUACAACGUCCAUGUGCUGUUGCUAACAGAUAUGCAUCUCUUCUCACCUCCUGUCACUCCUAGUUUAAAAAUAAUGAAGUGGCAGGGGAAACAUUUAUUUUCCUAAUUCCACUCCCAACCAACGCUCCCUUUACUUUCUAUGCAAACUUUCUAACGUGGGAAACACAUUGACCUCUCUGCAGACUGAGUCAGUGACGGGACAGGACACUUUAAUGCUAUAUAGGUAGACAACCAAUCCCUGGUACCAAACUCCAAACACCUGUAAAUACUUAACACUAUAUUUAAGUACUGAUAAUAAUCCCAGCUUUUUUGUUUUGUUAUGUUUUUGAAAUUUUAAAGAUAGAGCUGUAUUUAUCGUUGCUGUCAGCAUAUACUGUAGCUUCAAUUGACAGCAUUAUGUACAUAGGUCACCUUUUAGUAUUAUUUCACAUUGAAAAGUAGAGGGCGUUGUGAUGGAAAUGACUAUUGAGCUUCUAAUAGAGUUUCUCUCUAGUUUUGUACGGUAGAAGGAAGGAUAGUGCUAACACGGUACAGUAGUGGCAGUCCACUUGUUUCAAAAGUUUGAUAUAUAAAUAUAUAUAUUUGCAUACAUACAUAUAAAGCUGCUAGAUACAAUCACUAAUUUUAUUGUGUUGACAGAGAAAAUCAGCUAUGAACGACUGUUAAACCCUAAUUCUCCAACAGCAUAUAACCAUGACGGCGAAUUUUUAAAUGUUUGAUUGCUCUGUGUGAUGAAGUGGACACUUGUGCAUGUGUGUGGGUGCGCGAGUGUUACUAUAUAUAUAUAUGUGCGUUCUAGUGUGCCCACGAGUGUGCAUAUUGUGUGUGCGUGUGCGUGUGUGCGGGGUUGGUGUGUAACCAAAUGUUUGGUUGGUUGUCAUAUUCUCCCAUUGUAAUUGGAUUGCCCUGCAUUAUUGCAAGCUGAACCAAGGUUUGAUGAACCUGAUUAAAACUUGCUGGCUGAGAAGCAAAAUGUAGGACGUGCAUUUAUACAAAGUGUAGAGAAUGCUGAAAUAACACUUCUCAUUCUGCAUUAACCAGCACAGUGCAACUUCCUGUCAUGUACUGUAUUAUAUAUGCAACAUUUGUCUGUCCGCUUUAAUAUAUAUAUUUUUUUUGACCUGCAUUAUAUAAGACUUCAGUUUUAACCACUUUGCUGCUAGUCUUUUAUCCUCUUUCAAUCUUGGAAAUUGUGCAUAUCUUUGGGAAUGCAUACAAGUGUACAUUCUUGACAUUGUGUAGAUUAAAAAAGAAAAAAGCUAUAUAAACCUGUUUCUCUUCAGUGUAUCGUUUUAAAAAGGUUACUUUUCACAGCAGUUGAGUGGUUAUGUUUCAAUUCUCCGAUGCUUUGGUGCACUGAUGAUACUAUAUGUAAGCUUUUUUUUUCAUCUUACAGCGCUUGAUGUAACAUUUAUGUGAUUAGUUCUAAAUAGUGGAAGACAUUUGUGUUUUGAAACUUGCAGUAUAAAUGGUACUACUCUUAACUAUUCUGUAAACACUGCCUGUUUUCUUUCUUUUUCUUUUUUUCCACUCUCUCUUUGUGCAUAUUUCUUUCCUGUGCAUCUUUUUUUUUCUUAGUGCCAUUGGCUUUCACAUCCUGACAACCUCAAAAAAGUGCCUCACGUCCAUCCUAGUUUCCAUCUUACAAUUUAACAUCUCUCGUUCUGGUUCUAUUGGUUUCUACACGUCUAGGUAUUUCUUAUCAUGGUUCGAGAAUACCAAGUAUAUGAUGUAAAAUUUAUAGUCCCAAUAACUCAUGUCAUAGUUGUAUUUUCUUCAUACAGAUGUAGCUCGUUACUUUUCAUAAAUAUAUAAUGUAAAUAUGCAUACAUAUGUUUGUAACUGUUUUUAUGUUACAUCAUACACUUGUAAUUUGACAUAUCAAAUAACAUUAUCAUAAUAAAAUGGUGAGUUUUAAUCUUU